AUGUCUCCGGAUCCAGUCAUCGAUGAACUGCACCGCAGGCUGUUUGACGAGGGACUCAAGGUUCGCAGGCAAGUCCUCGGGGCAGAGCAUGUGGAAAGGUCGUUGAGAAACGCCACGCCAUAUACUCGGCCCGGGGAGGAGCUCGUCACCGAGUGGGCAUGGGGCAAUAUCUGGCAGCGGCCCGGACUCGACCGAAAGCAGCGGAGCCUCCUGACCCUGGGCUUGAUCAUUGGCCAGAAAGCCUGGCCUCAACUUGCUCUGCAUACUCGCGGCGCUAUUACCAAUGGCGUGAGCGAGCUCGAGAUCAGGGAGGCGGCCUUGCAAGCCACCAUCUACUGCGGAGCUCCCUCUGGUAUGGAGGCGCUGGCGGUUACCCAGAGGACUAUAAAUGACAUGGUUGAGAAGGGAGAGUACAAGAGACCAGAGUAA